AUGGCACCUCACAAACUCUGUAUGAUUCCUGGACCUAUUGAGUUCCAUGAAGAUGUCCUUGCUGCUAUGAGUACCCCUGCCACUUCUCAUGUGGAUCCCAAUUUUGUUCCUAUCUUUGGUGAAUCGAUUGAGAUGGUUCGUAAGGUCGUCUUGACUGAAACUGCUCAACCUUUCAUUGUAUCUGGUUCUUGCACUUUGGGUUGGGAUAUGAUGGUCAACUUGCUUGAACAAGGCGACCAAGUGCUGGCUUUAAACACUGGUUAUUUCGGUGAUCAUUUUUCUGAAUGUUUGGAAGUGUACGGUGCUAAUAUCACUACACUUCGUGCUGAAGUGGGUAGCCGUCCUUCAAAUGAAGCCUUGAAGCAAGCUUUAAGCGAAAAGAAAUACAAGAUGGUGACUGUUACUCAUGUUGACACUUCUACUGGUGUUCUGUCUGACAUUAAGGCUGUUGCUCAAACCGUCAAAUCAGUUUCCCCUGAGACCUUGGUCGUUGUCGAUGGUGUCUGUUCCUUGGGUUCUGAGGAAAUCAGGUUUGAUGAAUGGGGAUUGGAUAUUGUUAUUUCUGGUUCGCAAAAGGGCCUGGGUGUUCCUCCUGGUCUUUCUGUCGUUAUUGCUUCUCAACAAGCACUCAAGGUCUACAAGUCUAGAACAACACCUAUUGUUGCUUACUACUCUAACUGGAACAAGUGGUUACCUAUCAUGCACGCCUACGAAUCUCGUAAGCCUGCUUAUUUUGCUACACCUGCUGUUCAAUUGAUCUAUGCUCUUCAUGCAUCUCUCAAGGCUAUCACUAGCCAACCUAUGGAAGUUCGCUUUGACAAACAUCGUCAAGUAGCUGCCAAGUUUAGACAGACCAUUCGCGAUUUAGGGUUAAAGCCUCUUGCCCAAUGCGAAGAGUGUUCAGCCAAUGGUAUGACUGCUGUCUGGUUACCUGAAGGCAUUGAAAUUCCUCAACUUGUCCCUGCUCUUGCUAACAAAGGCGUUCAAAUUGCUGGUGGUAUUUUAGAUGGUUUAGCUGGAAAAUACUUUAGAAUUGGCCAUAUGGGUAUUUCUGUCACUGAACCUGAACGUGGUCAUAUUGAUAAGGUUGUUGACGCUUUGAGUCAAUCUUUAAAGGAACUUGGUUUCAAGGCUUAA